GGGCAGAAGACGUUGAUUAGAAAAAUGGCCACCGUAAACGUGAAACGAAAUUUUGUCUCGAAAAUAAUCUUCUUGUUUUGAAGGUUGCAGAUAUCAACAGAUAGGACGUGAGUUGAGAUGCCACCGAUCGAUGGGCAGAUGCAGGUGCCAGGGGUCCCUCAGGGAGGAGGAACAAUAGCCCUGGACAUCCUCAUUAACUACAUUAUCCAGCGUACCUACCAUGACUUGACUGUGUUGUCAGAGCUGUUACCCAGAAAAACAGACAUGGAGAGGAAAAUUGAGAUUGUUCAAUUUGCCACACGAACGAGGCAGUUGUUCAUUCGAUUGCUGGCUCUUGUGAAGUGGGCUAGCAGUGCUACGAAAGUAGACAAAUGCUCCGAGAUCUGUAACUUGCUGGAGCAGCAGUCCAUGUGGUUUGUAGAUACAGCGGACAUGUUGGCGAAAAUGGCCAGAGAAACUUUGGUCAAUGCCAGGUUACCGAACUUUUCCAUCCCUUGUGCUAUAGAUGUGCUGACGCUAGGAACCUAUCCGAGGCUGCCUACCUGUAUAAGGGAAAAGAUUGUUCCCGAAGAUUCCAUCACACCGGCAGAAAAGCGACUGACAUUAUCAAAGCUGACACAGGUGAUACAGUACCGGCUGGGAUCCACAGAUCUCCCCCAGCAGAUGAGGAAGCUACGAGUCGAGAAUGGACGUGUGAAGUUUGUUGUGGAACAUGAAUUUGAGGUGACUUUGACCUUGAUGGGUGACAGUCCGACAAUUCCCUGGAGAUUACUGGAUAUCAACAUCUUAGUGGACGACCCAGAAACGGGCAAUGGCAAGUCCUUGGUACAUUCAUUACAGGUGAAUUACAUUCACCAGCUGGCCCAGUCCCGUCUCCUUGACAACGACCGACCGAUUCACGACCUUUAUAGGGUGCUUCAUUCGUUUUGCCAGUCACUACAGCUUGAGGUGCUGAAUUCACAGACGCAGAGACUGAUCAGGGAGCGAAUGGGAGACAGUAUACGUGUGGAAGAAUACCUGGUCGGCAAAUCACUCGUCGUGUCCUACUGGAGAGACCAGUUGAAGCGAGAAAAGCAGCAGCAACAACAGUCACAACAGGAACCUGUCGUAUACAAAUUGACAAUCCAUGUAUCUGAGGAGGACUGGGGCCGGCCAUUACAGAUCAGCCACACCCCACCCAUGUCUCCUGAGGAGAGUCAUAGAGUGGGGCUGGCCAUCAAGAGUACCCAUCUGUCGAUCGAGCGACUCCUGAUGCAAACGAUAGAGGUCCGGACUCACGCUAAGCUACAGGAUCUCGCAAAAGAAAUGAAAAGAUACAAAGUGGAAAAAUGUGAGAUGAAGGACCUUCCCACAGCGCUCCACAUUCCCGUGUUACACCCCUGUAUGGAAUCGGAGCACCUCCGGAUCAUGAUCGACUCGCAGAGAGGCACAAUGAUGGCCUCCACUCCCGCACAAACAGAUUUACAGGUCAUUGAUGACAUCACAGAGUGUCUUAAUAGCGACAAGAAGGGACUCGAUAAACUUAUUGUAAAUCUACGACUACAGCUGUGUUUACUCCGGUGUGAAAAGUCCAUCCAGUAUUUGCAGACAAGUUGUCUGCGCCACCUGCCUCUCAUCAAUCUGGAUAACCAUCCCCUGGACACUCUCGGGCCUCACAGGCUUUACAUACGUAUCCCCAAACAGUCCAGUCACUAUGUGGUGCUGUCACUGCGCGAGAAGAAAGACCGAUGUGUGGAGUACAAGUACUACCUGGUGGAGACCACGGCGUGUACAGCCGAUGGUACGGAACUCGACCUGUCCGACGACAUCGGAGCCAAGCUGUUCAGGUCAGCUGGUCGUCUGCUGCCCCUCGACACGUUCGCCUUCACACAUGGUCCCUACAGUAAGGUGUUUGAUGAUGAUGAAGAAACUGAAGUGGAACUGCAGAGAAGGAAAAGAAAGGUCCUGCUUGGUGAGAUGGAAGAGCCGCAUGCUAAGCGACAAAAGGGAGCAGCGUAUUAUGUACCAGAGUUGUCCUACAUAUUGGCAAGCUGUGAGGAGAGGAUACCGCUGGUAGCUGUGGGACACGAGUUUGAAAGGAAUGGUGUAGUGCAUUCUGGGAUACAGGUGGACUCGGAGGGAAGCUGUUUCUGUCUCUCUAUCCUCAGCCUGCCUGAUGUGGAAGGUUGUAACAAGAGAGCCUGUGACGGUCUCAAGAAGGCACUGCUCUCCCUGAAGCUCCGCAUCCUCAAUAAGCCAUCCAGGAACUGGAUUGUCGAGUUCUUGUUUGCCAAGGCCCCGCUAGAGACUACUAACAAGAAAGAAUCAGGUCCGGUGCAGCGUGUCAUUUUCAUGCAUGAGCUAAACUUGGACAACCUUAAGAAGGUGGUGAAGGAAGUGAUUGAUGAGUGGUACUCUAUCUGUCACCUCUACAGCCUCGUCGCUGAUUUCGCUGAAAUCUACAAUGACCAGCGGUCAGGACUGCGGAGCACUGUGGAUGUCCACUCCUACAGCUACAGGAAGCUCACCCUAGUGUACGGCCCCAACAGGUCCAGUCUGAUACACAUCCAGUGGAAGAGCGACAGUAAACAGUUCGUGGUGACCUUCGGCACGAUAGGACCCUCCAUCACCAUCAACCCACACGUCAUAAUGUCCACACAGAUACAGCAGGAACUCAGCUGUCACAGAAAUCUCGCUCAGAUUGCUCAGGUACUACACGACACCUGGUCACCGCUCAUGUCCAUCAACAAACUCGCCAACAUCAUCAUGCAUGCUCCUAUUGCGAACAACACCAACAGGCUGGCGCAGUCUUUCUGUGUUAUUCCCCAGUCCACGACACAUGUCCGAAUCUCCUACCGCAGCAUAAGCUCAAUAGACGUCCACUUCCGCAGCAACAAGAUCGUAGCCAUAGAGAGCAGUAAGGUGGUGGAGGGUUUUAACCCAAUAUCACUGUUAAAGGCAUUUUUGAACAUGUAUGUGGACGAUGCCAUUAUUGGCCGACACAAUCGCCGGAUGUCGACGACGGAAGACGACAGUCCUUCCUCACCAGUUGGUAUGGAUACCAUGGAUAUGUUUAGUCUGUCGUCAGGGCCGUCGAUGGGAUCGCCUGCGUCGAGACAACGGCAGGACGGGGGACUCCGCUUCCCAAGCCCUAUGACUCCUCCCUCCAACCCGCACACUCCAGCCUCACCCAGCGCUGCCCGUAUGUCAGGGAUCGCACCCUCACCAUCUACAGCUUUGAUUGGCACCCCCUCUCCAGGGACACUCCUUGGGGCGGGGUCCCCAGGCAACCCACAGCUCCAUGUACCCUCCCCAAGCUCCUUUGUGCCGACUCCCUCCCCUGGGUCCCUAGGGAUCCAUAUGCAGUCUCCCGCAUCACAAUUCAUGGGAUCUCAAGGUAUGGAAGGUUCGCCAUUUGCCAGUUCUGGACUGGCCAUGCCGUCACCAGGACAACGUAACUGGCCCAAUUCACCGUCUGUGCCCGGCCCCUCGCCUGUGUCGCGUCAUGGCACAGCCACAUCCCCCGGACAUCCAGCCCUCCACUCCCCCCAAACAAUGAAGGAUGGGGAACAUAGUAAGCCAGUGAUGGGCCACCCUUCACGUGUAUUUACACAUCGUUCAUGGGCAGCCUCCAUCCCAACACUCCUAUCCCACAAUGCAUUUGAUACGUUGCUCACGCCUUUGGGGCCAGGCAAGGUCACGUCACCAUUGGAGAGGUUCUUCGGCUGUGUGCUCUUCACCAGGAACCUGCCACGUAUUAUACAGAACGAGGAAAAUCUGACUUUGGUCCGGUCAUCAGAUGCAAACGUAGUGAUGUUUAAGGUGGAGAACCUCCAGUUCCGUGUGAGCUUCAAUGCUACCACUCUUCAGAGUCUACAUAUGAAUACUACAAACUUGACUGACUCGAGAGAUCCAUUCCCAACUGAACUCAUCAACAUCCUGGAGCGAUUCUUCGAAGUGAAGGUUGCUACUCACCCGUACAAGGUUAACGCCCUUAGAGCGUUCUGUCGUUUACUGCCCCUGCCAAGCAGAAUUCUGAAGGACUGCAUACAGAUCAUGAGGCUUGAAAUGAUGAAUGAGACACGUAACACAAAGUGGACUGUAGCCUUCUGCCUGACGAUUCCUCCUUCAGCGGCAUCCAUUGCGCCGGCCGGAGCGGCGGCCAUCGCAGUGAAACAGAAGAUGGUCCUGAUGCUGCAGUUGACCAGGGCGGACGUCCAGCUUCCUCCGGGUGUGGAGCCACAGUCCAUUAUUGUCCAGUUGCUGUAUGAUUUCAAUGCCAACACGGUUAUACAGAUGGAGGUUCCAUCACGUAACCAGCCUGCACAACAACCCACACAGGCCCACAUGGCUGUUUCAGCUUUCCUCAAGAAGAUUGAGAUGCAUCAGACUACCAGUGAAUGUGCCCUCUUCCCAACCGUACAUAAACUCAUGCAGGGGCUAGUGAUACCAGGGUAGAAUUGCCAGGGGGCUAGUGAUACUGAGGUAGAGUUAUCAAGGAGCUAGUAAGUCUGGGGCUACUGAUGCUGCAUUGUAACGCUGUAUAUAUGUAUGUAGUCACCUGCACUGCAGUCACAAAUAACCUACUUUCCCGGUGAUUACAAUACCACACACACCAGAAGAACAUUUAUCAUUCUGACAGACACCUCCACCUAAAGGUGUACCUACCAUAUCUACCCUGGAGACUGUGGUGUUCUGAUCAACGUAACAGAGGAACGUCCUAACAACAAUAACUGGAGUAGAGUUGUCAGGGGCUUGUGAUACCAGGGUAGAAUUGUCAGGGGGCUAGUGAUACUGAGGUAGAGUUAUCAUGGAGCUAGUGAGUCAUGGGCUAGUGUUACCAGGAUAGUGUAAGUUCUUGAAAUCAAUUAUUUGUGAGAUUCUACUACUGGUCGGGAGAGUCUGUCAACAGCUUUCUUUUAAAAGGCUUUAACACCCGAUUCAUGGGUUUGUUUGAUCAGUUUUCAUUUUUGAAUACUGGUAGUAAUCUAGAAAAUUGCACCGGUAUGUGGAGCUCUGAAAAUCAAUGUGAUCUUGACUUCAAUUAUCAUUUUAAGUUGGUUGUACCAAAAGACUGGAAGGAUGUGAGUCGUGAUUUUUCUUCAUCGAACGAUACACACCACUGUUCUAUUUCUGUGGUUGUUCCUAAAACAACCUAUGUUGAUUUGAAUUCAUGGUAUUAGCAAAAGCAGAUACAGAUUAUACUGUUUAAAGCAUAUUAGACUAAAGGUCAACAAUAUAUUUGAGUUUGCAAUCCGACUGAUUUCCUAGGAUUUCAAAGCUGCAUUGACAUUAAUUUUAGCUGUUAUACGUUAAAAACAGUUAUAUAGCAUACUAACAGCAUCCAAGAAGCAACCUGUCUUUUGAUGUGUUAAAAAACCCCACCGCAACAGGCUGUAAACCAACGAAUUCAAUGACACAUGUUUUUGUGGAAUGUCAGACAGGUCUACAUUCAAAUCCAAGGGUUUUCAAAUUUUACCUUGCCUCAUGUGUACAAUAAAUAUAUGCAUUUACAUCAAAAAUUAUAAUGAGAAAUCUAAAAGGCAUUAAAGAUGACAGUGAUUUUGGUAAUUGCAGCAGCUUCAUCACGUCUUAAAUUUUUCAGUAUUUUAGAAUUUUCUUUCACUGUUGGUAUUUAUGGAACUAACUAGAAAUAUAAGCAGGACAUAUCAGAUAUAUGUAGUGAAACAUUCUGGAAAAUCAGUGGAAACAAUCGUUAAAUUUCUCAUAAAAAACAUGAAAAUGUACAUAUCCCUUGCAUAGUACAAGUGCCAAUAAUUAUGUAUGCAAUUAUUGAGAGGUCACUUUUUUUUGUAAUGAUAGCAUUGGAUAUCGGUGUUAUUGAUGACCGUUGUUGAAUAUUUAUCAUUAUUGUUAGAUGCUGUCCUCUGCGAGUUAUCGUCAUUACUACAUAGAAUCACCUUCUAUUGGAGACAAAAAUUUGAUAAUAACAUAAUUCAGGGUUUAGUGUUCAUGUGCUAAAAAUGCUAGGAAAAAAAUAAUGAAGACAAAACACUAAAACAGCUCAGCUAGUAUCGCUAAUUUCUAAUCUUCCUGGUGGAUUUGUUUUUGUCUCGCUGCCACGAAGUAGCGGAAGCGAGACCGAGAUGUUGCUAUUCCAGCGUCGGCGGCGUUUUUGUGUUUAAGUUAGUUUCUCUGAAGCUAUAAGUGCUACACCAACCAAUUACUUGGACCAUAGAUGCAU